AUGGAUGAUAUCGAGGAGCGGCUGCGCAGCCAUGCGCAAUCAUUCGAUGGUCUGCUUUCCUUGAUCCCCGCCAAAUACUACUACGGCGACGACAACAGUGAUCAAUGGCAACGGAAAAAACAGACCAAAGAGCAAGCUCGCGAGGCUAAGCGUGCAAAGCUGGACCCUGAGUCUGGCAAGACCGCCAAAGAUGUGAUGGAUGAGAACGCUCGCAAGCGCAAGCGAGAGGACGGUACCCUCGAGUCCGAUUCGUCCGACGGAGAACUCGGCUCCGAAAUUCCCAGAGAGGGACUGACCCGAGGCGAGAAGACCAAGAAGCAAAAGCAGCAAGACAAGGAGAAGUCGGAUGCCGCCAACAAGAACAAGAAGUCAGAGGAAGCGGAGGCUCGCAGAAAACUGAAGGAAGAGAAGAAGGAGAAGAAAAAGGUCGCCCAAAAGGAAAAGAAGAAGGCCAAGGACACCGCGAGGAAGGAAAAGGUUCAAAACGAGAAGCAGACAGAGACCCCUGCCGAGACUUCUGAAAAGCCUGCUCCCAAGGCAAAUAACACUGCUGCUGAAGCCAAGGAAGAUUCUGACGACGAGGACGAGGAUGAAGUCGAGGGCGUUCCCGAGGAAGGAUUUUCCGUCGAAUUCGACGACCAGCCCGAGGACCCUUCCUCCGCCUCUUCCAUUCGCAAUUCUCCUGAUGCCUCGAACCCCCAGUCAGGCAGCUCCUCUAUAUCCUCCAUUGUCCCUCCCUCCGCCACAGAUGCCAAGUCCUCCGAGCCCAAGGCUCUCAAGCCCACGCCAGAAGAUCUCAAGCAGCGCCUGCAAAAGCGUCUUGAUGAACUUCGUGCAAAACGUCAGGCCGAUGGCCUUAACGGCAAGCCCGCACGUAAUCGCCAAGAGUUGAUCGAAGCGCGUCGGCAAAAAGCCGAGCAGCGGAAAGCACACAAGAAGGAGUUGCGUCAAAAGGCCAAGGAGGAAGAACAGCGUGAGAAGGAUGAAGCCAUGACCCGCCGCUUCUCGCCCGGUGGCUCAGGAUCCCUCCUGGCCUCGCCUCGCUCCCCUGCCGAGUCGGUUGGCUCUUCAAGCAACAACUUCUCCUUUGGUCGUGUUGUCUUUGCCGAUGGCCAGCACACCGAUGCCAGCCUUACAACUGUCCGUGACGCCCCGCAGAAACACGGUGCCACCGAUGCCGCUGCCCAGCUCAAGGCUGCCGAGGCCAAGAAGGCUCGUCUCGCCAGCAUGGACCCCGAGAAGCGUGCCGAACUCGAGGAGAAAGACCGCUGGCUGAACGCCAAGAAGCGUGCUCACGGUGAGCGCGUCCGUGACGACACCUCUCUUCUGAAGAAGGCUCUCAAGCGCAAAGAGACCGCGAAGAAGAAGUCUGAGCGUGAAUGGAAAGACCGCAUUGAGACCGUCUCUCGCAUGAAGGACCAGCGCGCGACCAAGCGUGAAGAGAACCUUCGCAAGCGCCGCGAAGAGAAAGGCAAUAAGGGCAACAAGAGCAAGAAGCCUUCCGGAGGUGGCAAGAAGAAGGCGGCCAGACCUGGCUUUGAGGGAAGCUUCAAGCCCAAGACUGGCGGCAAGAAGAAAUAA